UUACCUUGAGAAAAAUUCAUCUGAUCAAUAUUAUUAUUAUUCUGAAAUGUUAGUUGUCAUAAAAGUAAUAAUUAAGAAAAAUACAGAUAAAACAAAGCACACAGUUUUAAAAGAAAAAAACAUAUUAUAGAAACCAAAUAACACAUGUAUUCGUAUAGUAAAAUAUGCAGGCUGUAUGAACAAAAUUACGAGAACUACUCCAACUAGAAGCUUGGAGCAGAUAUGUACUAUUCUUUCCUUUAUGGAUUGUAUUUGUUUAUUUCUUCCGUGAAUGCCUCGGAGUCCAGUAACGGUCUGCCAGGAACAACGUAUACAAAAUGGACUUGGACAGAAUGGUUUGAUACAGAUUCAGGAGAUCCAGAAACAGAAACAGAAACCUAUGAUUCUAUUGAAGCGAGAGGUUGGAACAUUUGUCGUGGUGGAAAACUUAUAGGAUGUGAAUGUAAACGAGAUGACACUAAAGAAAUUCUGUCUAAUGGCGAAUUCUUUAAUACCUCUCAUAUACUUGGUACUGACCUAGAGUGUAAGCUACAUGGAAUCGAGUGUCAUAACAUUCUAUGUAUGAACCUGGAAGUCCGCUUUUUAUGUGAAGAAGUGAUACUUGAAAGUGGAUCAGCAUUAUUUUAUUUUCUAAUGUUAAUUAUACCAGUAGUUGUCAUACUGUUCAGAUUGUACUGUUGGAAUAUUGUGAAGAAACAAAUUAAAAAAAGACAUUCAGGAAAUAGAAACACAAACGGAAGUUCUCAACACGAUAUUAUAGAUAUGUCGGUCUUUGAUCCCCCAUCAUACGCCGACUUAUUUGGUUCCCAAACACACACGAGUUUCGUUGAUAUCAAAUGCAAUAAUUGUAAUCAUUUACAAAAUACGUGUCACUCUUUUACUGACCAAUCAAAUACAACUGUUCAAAACUCAAACUCAAGAAGUGACGAGUUCUCUAGUGUAAACUGCUCGUGUGAAUGCCAUAACACAGAUAAUUGCAUAGCUUCCUGUUUAAGGGGGGCUUCACGGUUUGAAUCUAAUGAUAGUUAUUCAAGGAUAAAUGCAGCUUAUAUUCACAACAACGAAGCAAAUAAUAAUACUGGAGACACAACAAUGACAAAUAGUAUUUCUAUAAACGUAAUCAGUGGGGCAUGCAUUGAAUCUUUGCCUCCUACUUACUCAGAGGCCUUAGUUAUUUUGAAAAGGACAGAAGGUUUGGAUGCUACACAUUUGUGAAUGAAAUACAUGUGUAUAAUGUUAACAAUAAACAUAUGCAAACCAAACCAGAUAGAUCAGUUUUGAAAUAACAUUCGAUUGGAAGAUUGAAACAUUCAAAUGCAAAACCUUUCUAGUCACAUACAAUUUGCACGAAAGUUAAAAGUAAUGGUUUGAAUAAAGUUUUUUUCGAAAGGA